CUAGAAAUGAUAGUGAAAUAUAAGAGUAUAUACUAUUACUAAUAAUUCUUAUAUGCUUAAUCCCAAGUCCUCUGAAGAAUUCGGGGUCGAGAUGUUCCAAUUCUUCACAAGAUAUUACCUUUAAUUUCUAAAGUUCAUUUAAUAUUUAAGGUCAUUAUAAUUUAUUGAAACGUUUUCCUAAGUUGAUAAAAACAGAUGGUUGAAUAAAUUUAUCUUAACAACAAUUUUAUGUUUAUAGCUACAUGAAACUUAGAGUAAAGAAAAAUGGGUAAUGUAAUGACCUCUGCUGUUUCGGCAGCUGAUGUAAUUAUGCCAAUGCAUCAGCAACAAAUUUCAAAGACUCAACACCAUGAAAUUUAUAAAUCUGAAGAAAAACCUCCACCAGAAUGUCCUAUGCAUAAAUCUGCAUCAGAAAAAGAAUCACCUAUACUUUCCAGUGAAUGUCCAAUUAAUGAUAUGACUUCAGAAGAUAUUAAUCCCCUUAAUAUGAUGCCACCAGCUAAUCAACAACCAGCACCAGAUCAGCCUUUUCCACUGCCUACAGAGAGACAAGUUUCAUCUAUACCAAAAGCAACUGGAGAAGGAGAAUUUUGGGUAUAUCCAUCGCAACAAAUGUUUUGGAAUGCAAUGUUAAGAAAAGGUUGGAGAUGGAAAAAUGAUGACAUUACACCAAAAGAUAUGGAUGACAUAAUAAAAAUUCACAAUGCAAAUAAUGAACUAGCAUGGCAGGAAGUACUUAAAUGGGAAGCACUUCAUGUAAAAGAGUGUGGUACUCCAAAAUUACGAAGUUUUGGAGGCAAAGCUAAACAAUAUUCUCCACGUGCUCGCAUUCGAUAUUGGAUGGGAUAUGAACUACCAUUUGACAGGCAUGAUUGGAUCAUAGAUAGAUGUGGAAAAGAUGUACGAUAUGUUAUAGAUUAUUAUGAUGGUGGAGCAGUAAAUGAAAAAUAUACAUUUACAUUACUGGAUGUUAGGCCAGCCAUGGAUUCAUUAGAGAAUAUUUGGGAUCGUAUGAGAGUAGCAUGGUUGCGUUGGAAAUAUUGCAACGAGUCAAAAGAAUCAGAAUGUAUGGCAAAAAAUGAAAAGCAGCAAUAAAAAUAAAUACAUCGAAAAGAUAUUAGCUUGUUAAUGAUAUUAGUUCAUUACAUUCGUUUUAUGAAUUACAUAUUAUAUUCACACAAUGUACAGUUUUUAAAAUACAAGAUGACAUUACAUAAGA